AUGUCGGCAACGUACAAGCUAUCUGCUACUUUGGAGCAGCACGGCGCGGAUGUCCGUUGCGUCUCUGCCAGCACUGCUGAACUCAGCAAAGACUGUCGUGGUGACGCUGUGCUGACCGGUUCGCGAGAUCGACGAGCCAUCCUAUGGCAACGCACCACCACCAAUCAGUUCGUCUCUACCUUAGACCUCGGCAAUCACGAUGGAUUCGUCAACGCCUGCACCCUGUUCCGCUCUGGUGCUCCUUAUGCAAUUACUGCCGGCCAGGACAAGAUCAUCUACGCAUACCAACUCCUCUCGAGUGAAGGGCAAAUCACGGUGCAACUGGAUCAAAAGACGGCCGAGCCGCAACCAUCGCGCACAUUGAUAGGUCACACAGAAAACGUCUGUGCCCUCGACGUCGAUGCGCACGGUCGUUACCUCGUCAGCGGUAGCUGGGACAAGACAGCUAAGAUCUGGCGGGACUGGGAGUGCGUCGCAACACUCAAGGGUCACGAGCAGUCGGUUUGGGCCGUCCUUGCCGUCGAUCAAGAUCGUGUAUUGACAGCGUCAGCGGACAAGACGAUCCGCUUGUGGUCCAUCUCGAACCCUUCCAAGCCGCUAGCAAUCUUUGGGGGCCACACGGAUGCAGUGCGCGGACUGACGUUGCUAGAGGGCGGAGAGUCGUUCGCAAGCUGCGGCAACGACGGCAACAUCAAUCUGUACUCUCUGCAUGGCGCAUCGACAGCUGCCGGCAGCGCGCCGAUCCAACCGGUGCAGACAUUGUCAGGACACACCAGUUUCGUCUACAGCUUGGCGACCAUUCCUGGCGGCAAAGGCGAGCUCGUCAGCUCUGGCGAGGAUCGCAGCCUCCGCAUCUGGCGCGAUGGUGCGCUGGUACAGACCAUCACGCUGCCAGCCAUCUCGGUCUGGUCCGUUUCAGUACUGCCGAAUGGAGAUAUUGUCGCCGGCGCCUCCGAUGCAGCAGCACGUGUCUUCACUCGGGACGCAUCGCUCGUUGCGGACGAAGAAACACUGAAAGCCUACGAUCACGCCAUCUCCACGCAAGCGCUCAACCAGACGCAGGUCGGCGACAUCAAGAAGGACGAUCUCCCCGGUCCCGAAGCGCUCUCGCAACCAGGCACCAAGGAAGGUCAGACGAAGAUGGUCAAGAACGUCGACGUCGUCGAAGCGCAUCAGUGGAGCGCGUCUUCGCAGCAGUGGGUCAAGAUCGGCGAGGUCGUGGGCGGCGUCGGUGCAGGUCAGAAGAAGCUCUACGAGGGCAAAGAGUACGACUACGUUUUUGACGUCGACAUUGCCGAUGGCGUUCCGCCGCUCAAGCUUCCUUUCAACCUGAGUGAAAAUCCGUACGCGGCUGCUCAGAAGUUCUUGGAGAAGAACGAUUUGCCGCAGCAGUACAUCGAUCAAGUGGUGCAGUUCAUCGACAAGAACACGUCCGGCGUCAAUCUGGGUGGUCCGCAGUACGCGGAUCCGUACACGGGCGCUAGCAGGUAUCAGCCGUCCGGGUCGUCUUCUGGCGGUGGCGGAUCAGCUGGUGCCAGGGAUGCCACGCAGAGCGGUAGGCCGAGCGGAAACGACAGCACGUACACGGGCGCACGAAACGUGGAUCCGUACACCAGCUCUGCGCCAGCUCCAUCCCCAGCUGCGGGAGGUGCGGCAGCUUUGGCCUCAUCGAGUCGAAUUUUGCCGCAGCGCACCUUCUUGGCAUUCAAGUCGGCCAACUUCACAGCGAUCAGUAACAAGAUACGUCAAGUCAAUCAACAAGAGUCGGUGCAGCUGUCAGAGUCAGAGUUGGGGCAGAUCGAUCAACUCAUCGCUCAGCUCGAGGCGGGUUCCGCAUCGGGCAGACUCAACAUUGAUGCGCUUCGCAAGGCUGUUUCCGCGUGGAGCGCUGGAUCUCGUCUUCCGGCGCUCGACCUCAUGCGCUGUGCUGCAGCAGCAGGGACGACUACUGCACCGCUGGAGAUCGCUCGAGAGGCAUUCGAGGCCUCGGAGUGGGCGCAAGACUGGCCUGCUUCCGGAACAGCUGCGGCGAAAGUGCGCGAUGUCAACUCGAUGCUUGCCUUGCGAACCAUCGCCAAUCUCUGGAACGACGCCCGCGCUCUGGGCGAGCUCGAAGUGAAUGCGGUAUCUCUACUUGGUAGUUUGGGCGAAACACACUACGAAAAGUUGAGUAAGAAUGGUCGAAUUGCAUUCGCGACGGUGGUGUACAAUGCUACGGCUCAGAUGGUGGAUGCGAUGGGGAAGAGUGGAGCUGCCGGGAUCACGUUGGGGUUGGUGAAUGAGGUGUUGGCGGUGGAGAGGAAGGAGAGCGAAGCUGUGUACAGGGUUUUGGUGGCAUUGGGGAACUUGGUGUGUUCGGCGUCGGGGGCGAGUCUGAGAAGGGAUGGGUUGGAGGCUGCGAGGAGGUGGAUGGAGGAGAUUGCGGCGACGAAGGUGGGGAAGGAAGAGAGGAUCGGCCAAAUUGCUGCGGAGGUCGGUGGGUUGUUCUAG